UGAAAGUUCAAGUCUGACAUCUCUGCUUGCGCGAGCUCGUGACCUAAGGGAGUUAAUUAUAAUAAUAAAAUUUGUAGGAAGCGGAAAUCGGCAAUCACGAGAAAAACAGUGUUCACUUCCGUAACAUCAUAUGACAGAAACGAAAAUGACGCAUGAAACUGAUCACACUAUGCAGCCCCUGAUGAAGGUGGCAGAUGCAGAGAAAGAGAGCAUGUAUGGAUACAUCUACUCUGUAUCCGGCCCUGUCGUCACUGCCCAGAACAUGGCUGGUGCAGCCAUUAUGGAGCUUGUACGUGUCGGCCACUCAGAGCUGGUAGGGGAGAUCAUUAGGCUGGAAGGAGACACAGCUACCAUCCAAGUAUACGAAGAUACCUCUGGUGUCACUGUGGGUGAUCCUGUACUCAGAACAAAGAAACCAUUGUCAGUAGAGCUAGGUCCAGGCCUUAUGGGCAGUAUUUAUGAUGGUAUUCAGCGUCCACUAGAAGACAUCAGUGACCUGACACAAAGUAUUUACAUCCCUAAAGGUAUCAACAUUCCUGCUUUGGACAGAAACAAGAGGUGGGACUUUGAGCCACUGAAAGGCAUUAGGGUUGGCAGCCAUUUGAGUGGUGGUGAUAUAUAUGGCAUGGUCUAUGAGAACAUUCUGGUCAAGCACAGGAUUAUGCUUUCACCAAAAAGUAUGGGUACAGUCACAUGGAUUGCUCCACCUGGCUCGUAUGGAGUUGGGGAACCUGUUCUUGAAACUGAAUUUGAUGGAGUAAAGACCAAACACACAAUGAUGCAAGUCUGGCCUGUGCGUCAAAUGCGUCCAGUCACUGAUAAACUAGCUGCCAACUAUCCCCUGUUGACUGGUCAGAGAGUGUUGGAUGCUCUUUUUCCUUGUGUACAGGGUGGAACCACCGCCAUCCCUGGGGCUUUCGGCUGCGGCAAAACUGUCAUCUCCCAGUCACUUUCUAAAUUCUCAAACUCUGACAUCAUCAUCUACGUAGGUUGUGGCGAGAGAGGUAAUGAGAUGUCUGAAGUAUUGAGAGACUUCCCUGAGCUGACUAUGGAUGUUGAAGGCAAACAAGAGAGUAUCAUGAAGAGAACAGCACUUGUUGCCAACACCUCCAACAUGCCAGUAGCUGCUCGAGAGGCUUCUAUUUACACUGGUAUCACAUUGUCAGAAUACUUCAGAGAUAUGGGUCUGAACGUGUCCAUGAUGGCUGACUCCACAUCUCGUUGGGCCGAGGCCUUGAGAGAGAUCUCUGGUCGUUUAGCUGAGAUGCCUGCUGAUUCUGGCUACCCCGCCUACCUUCCUGCUAGAUUGGCCCACUUCUACGAGAGAGCCGGUCGUGUCAAGUGUCUAGGUAACCCAAGCAGAGAGGGCUCUGUCAGUAUUGUCGGAGCUGUGUCUCCACCUGGUGGUGACUUCUCUGACCCUGUCACAACAGCCACACUCAACAUCGUCCAGGUGUUUUGGGGUCUUGACAAGAAGCUUGCCCAGAGAAAACACUUUCCCUCAGUCAAUUGGCUCAUCUCUUAUUCCAAGUAUGACAGAGCCCUUGAUGAGUUUUAUGAAAAGAAUUAUCCAGACUUUGUCCCUCUCAAGAGCAAGUGUAAAGAAAUCCUUCAAGAAGAAGAAGAUCUGUCUGAAAUUGUACAGCUUGUCGGCAAGGGUUCACUUGCAGAGUCUGAUAAAAUCACACUAGAGGUAGCUAAGCUGAUCAAGGAUGAUUACCUACAACAAAAUGGUUACACACCUUAUGACAGGUUCUGUCCAUUCUACAAGACUGUGGGCAUGAUGAAAAACAUUAUCUCUUUCUAUGACAUGGCCCGCCAUGCGGUCGAGACCACUGCCCAGAGUGACAACAAGGUGACAUUUGCCAUCAUUAAGGAACAGAUGGGAGGUAUUAUGUACAAGCUAAGCAACAUGAAAUUCAAGGAUCCUUACAAAGAUGGUGAAGCCAAGAUUAAACAAGAGUUUGAGGAACUACAUGAAGAGAUGCAGCAAGCAUUUAGCAACCUAGAGCUGUAGACACAUGUAGGCAGACUUAGACCAGUGUGUAGGCAAUGUUGUGACUCAUUUUAGUAUGUUAGUAGUCCACUUCUUUCUUCCCGUGCACUCAGACUAGGUACAACAAAUGUUUUUUUAUCUUUUCAUGAAGGCUGGUGAUGUUCAAAUUCAACCUUUUUGUUUGUAUCAAUAAUUUAUACAUUGUGAUGUUUGAGUAUCCUUGUGAUUCUUGCUUGUGAAAAAAAAAAAAGAUUUUUUUGUUCAAUGACCAUUCAUCUGUACAUAUUAUGCAUGCAACUUGAUGAAACAUGUGAAUGGAAUGCAAGCUUGUGUUGGAGAAUAUUUUACAAUUUCUUCCAAAUUGUUUUCCAUCAUAGUGAGAAUAUAGACUCUUACGUAUUUCCCCCUACGUCUCCGUGCCCACCAUUUUUUUUUGGUUAACAAAUCAGUCAUUGUGAGUUUUGCUAUGACAAUGACUUUAUAGAAGACUGGCACAGCAUCGCUGGUUUGACUGAUUUGUUCACUUUUGAAAAUAAAAAAAGUAAUGUCAUUUUAUUCAACUUUUUUUUUUUUACUUGUGAUAAUUUUGUAUUUCUUAAUCGCAUCCGUUUAAUAAAUAACUGUACCUGCAGAACACAACUACAGUUAUUUCCCUUAUUAUGUAAACUUUUUUUUUUGUACAAUAAAGUCCAUAGUCAGGAUUUUUUUUUUCUUUGUGUCAUGAUUAUGUAUAUCAUGUAUUGAAUGGGAAACUUCUUCUUAAAAAGGGUACUGUAGAUCUUUGCUAAUUGUAUAUUUUGUAAAUGUUUCGAUAUUUUGUGUUACUUAGCGUUCAUGUAAGUUAGGAAGAGUCUGUUGAAAACCUGUUUUUUUUGUUUUAUUUAUUACAUUCCAAGUAGGUUAGGGUUUAGUUUUGAUCACAUGAUUAGAAGCUCGUUUUGUCAUUGGUUCAUCUCUCACCAAUCAAAAAGAGCAGGCAUUUCAUUGUCAUUCCAGCUGACACACUUGUAAAUAUCUUUUAAUUUAUGUAGUAAAUUUCACCAUCAUUCAGCCAUGUCCUGUUCCAACUGGUUUAGCUUUUGAUGUUUCCAAAAAUGCAUGUGAAAGAUCUAUCAGAAUUCUAUUUUUUUCUGUAUCAACAUAUGUUUGUGUAAUGAAAUGUUCAGAUUAAGCAGGAGAACAAAAUGUAUAUUGACCAUUGUCAAAACUGGGACUCUUUUGUCACUGCUCUAUGUAAAUUAUAAAUACAUGGAAGGAACUAUUGGGGAAGUAACUAUUAAUAACAUGUGUUAAGAGUGACACUAAGGGCUCAAGAUAUUAAAUAGUAAAAUUGAUGUUCAAAAUGAAUGAAUGUGUGUGAAAAGGUAGUGUCUUGUGUUUUUUGUUGUUCUAGAUCACUUUAGCUAUACUAUGGAUGUGUAACAGGAAUAUAUUAUAACAUAGUUAACAAACUAUUAUGGACGAAUAUCCAUUAGCUUGGAUGUCUUUCAGUGUAAUAAAAAAAAAAAGUAUAAACUCAAAUA